CAGUUAUAAUGAGUAUGACGAACGCAAGACUGGAAUUUCUCCAUUCUUAAAACCAAACCAAAAGAAGCUUUCCCUAAAUUUUUGUCCCAACUCUCCGAAUUAGCAUCACACCCACCUCUCCUCUCCUAAUCCCUUUCAUUAACCCUGGCCUUUUUCUUGGGUUCUCAGCAAUCAGCAUGGACUUAAGCGUUGUGCCCUACAAAGACAUUACGAAAUCCCAGAACGAGAACGAUAAUGAGAACAUCGAUGUUGUCGACGACAAGAGUACCCGCAGAUUCGAUAAUUCCGUCGUCAAACCGCCGGUGGACUUUGAACCGGUGGUGAUGAACCCUGAGGCAGCCGUUAAGAGUACGAUUACUCAAUACAAGGAGUGCAUGAGGAACCACGCGGCCUCCAUGGGCGGCCACGCAAAAGAUGGAUGCGGCGAGUUCAUGCCACGCGGCGACGGAGACCCACGCCAGUCGCUUACCUGUGCUGCCUGCGGUUGCCAUCGAAACUUCCACCGGAGGGAGGUGCUCGGAAACUAUCACAGAUUGCACUCUGCUCUCCAUCCCAUGUUGUUGUACAAUGCGAGCCCCACCAUGUCGCGUCCUCAUCAUCGUCAUCAUGAAGGCGGUGAUCGACGUUCGGAGACGCCGGAGGGAGUGGGGCCCACUGGUGUUUUGAUCAGGAGUGGCAGUGCCAAGAGGUUCAGGACCAAGUUCACGCAGGAGCAGAAGGAUAGGAUGCUGGAGUUUGCGGAGAGGAUCGGAUGGAGGAUUCAGAGGCACGACGACGUUGCGCUCAACCAGUUCUGCUCGGAGGUCGGCGUCAAGCGCAACGUGCUCAAAGUGUGGAUGCACAACAACAAGAAUGCUCAUCGCCGUAGAGAAUCCUCUCACCAAUCACCCCCGUCACCUCCUCCUCCGCCACAACCUGUUGGAAUCUAAUUGCACCCAGACAGGAAGAAAUAAUAAUCAAACGGGAGCAUUACAUAGGCACCGACGACGAAGGCAAAUUAUCACGCAUUAGAUACAAUGGCUGUGAAAGUGCACGUAAGAAUUAUGAUGAGAGCUCUGAAUUAAGAGAGAUGGACAACGAUACAUGAUGAUGAUGAUGCCAAUCCUAGAGUCGUUAAACUUCAUAGACUUUCCAUGUUCAGAGAUUUUCUUUCCUUUGCACCUUCGGUAGUAAGAAAGCUAACCCUCGUUUUUAACCAGCAUGUUGGUUGGAAGGAAACCAUCAAAGCAUGCCAGGAGAAGAAUGCCCGGAAGGACGGAACACAACAAAGUUUGAAAAUUGCGGGAUUUUCCUCACUAAAAAGCAUUUUUGUCAGAGACGUAAUGAAUAUUACGUAUAUUUGGUCAUCAAUCUAAACGAAACAUGGAGUACUGCCGAGUGCGCACUUGGCAUAUAAUUGACUUUGUUGACCAUGGUUUUCCUAGCUUGGUUAACUUGGCAUAUAAUUGACUUUGUUGACCAUGGUUUUCCUAGCUUGGUUAACUUGGCAUACCCUUCUCGAGCUUUAAGCUAGCUAGCUAGCUAGGGACUAUACAUUAUUCAAGAAUGUAAUUAAGCGACAGUUUUAUACGUUUACCCUAAUUAUUCAAGGCCAUAAUAAUUUGUUCAUGGUGAUCAAA